UCCAGAAUCCCUGAGGAUGACAUCAGGUUGAGCAAAAACAGAGACCAAAACUGUGCCAAUUUCUUGGAGCCAGCUACUGCGCUUGCUACAAAGGAAGAGAAAAUGGAAAUUGAAGUUCCAGUUUCUGAACAUAAAAGCAUCACCACAGUGGCUUCAUCACAUCCCAUAGACAGUCCAACCCACUUCUUUUCCGCUGCUUCCAGCCACAAUGGACUUAAGGACAGGCAUGAAUCUCUGGACAGUGAAGUUGCUAAAGAGAUCAGAUACCUAGAUGAAGUGCUGGAGGCAAAUUGCUGUGAUUCUGCUGCAGAUAAUACCUUUAAUGGGACAUCCUCCCCUGAAUCAAGUGCAGUCUCAGUUAUGGAUGGCUCAGGAGCAUCUGUUAAUGUCAAUAAUGAUUCAGUAACCAGUGAAAGGGAAGAAAAUGUAGCUGACAAGCAGGCACCCUUGGUAGUUGAACCACAUGAAGCUAGCAUAACAGAUGAGAACCUGAAAUCUAAUGGCCAUUCCUUGAGCGGACUGAAAGAAGACACUAGGGAGAGUCUGAAGGUGCCAGGAAGUCCCACUUCUUCAAACAGUUCUAGAAGAUCCUCUAAGGAUGGAGAAACAACUCUUACGACCCUUAAGAAAGAGGCUAAGUUUGAACUGCGAGCCUUCCAUGAAGACAAAAAGCCCUCAAGGCUCUUUGAAGAUGAGGAAGAGAAGGAAAAAUACAGGGUCCGCAAGGUGAGACCAUCAGAGGAAAUGGUGGAACUUGAAAAGGAAAGAAGGGAACUCAUUAAAAGCCAGGCUGUCAAGAAAAAUCCCAACAUUGCCACCAAAUGGUGGAAUCCUCCCCAAGAGAAGACUCUGGAGGAUCAACUGGAUGAAGAGCAUUUGCAGUCCCACAAGAAGUACAAGGAGCGCAAGGAAAGACAGCAGCAGCAAGGUACAACACCAACAUCCCCCAAACAGGUCAGCUGCUCCUUUGUACCGCCAGAGCCAGUCAAUAUCAAGAAAGAGGAUAUUGUCACAGAGCAAAUUGACUUCUCAGCUGCCAGAAAGCAGUUCCAGCUGAUGGAGCAUUCAGGUCCAUCUCAGGGUCAGGCCCCACCAAGGCGGUCAGGAACACCCAAAAUGUUCUCCAUCAAACCCUUCUACAAAAGCCUCAAUUCUCCGCAUGUAGACAAGCCACUGUCCUCCGUGGCAAGACCCGUUUCAAUGUGUAGCCAAACAGGACAGCUUGAGGGUAACAAUGCCACUGUUGUCAAAGCACAGAAGGUCUCCUGUACCUCAGAAGAUGAUACAAGUGCUCAGACUACCAUUGCUGACCCAGUAAGAGAGUUACCAUGCAAUGAUAGCCCCAGAGCCGGACAGGCCUCAAAACUGUGGGCAGAGGAUGGAGAAUUCAUGAGUGCGAGAGCAGUCUUCACAGUGGUGAAAGAUGAUGGACAGGGUGUGCUAGACCAGUUCCCAAAGUCAGGCAGCGCUUCUUCCCCUCCAGAGGAGCUUGACUCCGGUUUGGAUGACUUGUCUGUCAGGUCUCAGGAUACCACUGUCUUGGAGACCCUUUCCAAUGACUUCAGCAUGGAUAACAUCAGCGACAGUGGUGCCUCCAAUGAGACCAUGAGUGCCCUGCAGGAAAGCUCACUGGCUGAUUUUUCCCUGCCACAGACCCCGCAGGCUGACACUCCAGCAGAGUGCAGGGGUGAAGGCAUCUCCAAAUCAUUCAGUGACCCAGGUUGUAACUUGCUGUCCUCUGCCUUGGCAGACUCCAUGCUGAUUGACGAUCAGCUGGAAUACCAUGCUGGCCUCCUGGUUCAAAACGCCAUCCAACAAGCCAUAGCUGAGCAGGUGGAUAAAGCAGACUGCAAGGAAGAAGAAAUCCCAGCAGAGAAGGAGAUCUCGGUCAAAGAACAGCCAGCCACCACCGGGUCAGCUCCACCUUCCAAGGAGCAGCAGAACCCAAUGUUUCAGCCACCCCAGGUGUCUUCACCUGUUCAAGAAAAAAGGGACACCAUACCAAAGACUUCAAAAGAGGAAGACUCAGGACUCAUGGAAGGGAAGAGCUUGCAGCAGUCACCCAUAUACUCAGCCAGCCAGCCAUUCCUUGUGGAGGAAAACAGACAUGAAGUCAGCUAUUUCAGCAAGUAUUCAGAGGCAGCUGAGCUGAGGAGCACUGCCUCCAUCCUGGCCACGCAGGAACCCGAGGUGACUGUGGGCCCUUUCAAGUUACGGUCAAGGAAGCAGCGGACUUUAUCGAUGAUAGAAGAAGAGAUCAGAGCUGCCCAGGAACGAGAAGAGGAGUUGAAGAGGCAGCGGCAAGGUAUGCAGGUGGCACCGAGCCCUGUUAUGAAGAGCGCACCACCCAUGCCCACCAGAAACGCAGCUUACAAAACUGCACCAGGAAAGAUAGAGAAGAUCAAGCCUCCUCCAUCCCCCACCACAGAGUGCCCUGCCUCACAGUCUGACCUAAUGCCUGAGGAGCCUGUGGGAGCCCAGAGACCCAAGAACCUGAUGCAGACCCUCAUGGAGGAUUACGAAACACACAAAACUAAGAGACGAGAAAGGAUGGAUGACAGCAGUUACACCUGUAAAUUACUGUCUAGCAAGGUUACUUCUGAGGUCCUCGAGGCGACCAGGGUGAACCGCAGAAAGAGUGCUCUGGCGCUGCGUUGGGAAGCUGGCAUUUAUGCCAACCGGGAGGAGGACGAAUAA